UUUCACACGCCGUUCGAGAAAAUAUUGCCCAUCAAUCGGCGGUCUUUACCCGGAAAGUUCUUCGGAUACGCGUUUAUCAUCGUCGAAUCUACUUACGACCGGAGUAAUUCGUAUCUUGCUAUUUUUCUGCGUCUGGGUUUGAUUUUCUGACCAAUUUCUAAAAGCCCUAAAUUUCUUUUGGAGCACACGAGGAGGAGACUACCUUGUUUGAUCCGGAGCGAAGAUGAGGAGGGUAUUUGGAGUGAAGAAAGACAAGGAACCUCCGCCCUCCGUUCAAGAUGCCUCUGAUCGGAUUAAUAAAAGAGGUGAAAAUGUUGAUGACAAAAUAAAGAAACUUGAUGCUGAACUUGCAAAAUAUAAGGAACAGAUCAAGAAGACUAGACCGGGCCCAGCUCAAGAAGCUGUCAAAGCUAGAGCCAUGAGGGUUCUUAAGCAGAAAAGAAUGUAUGAAGGUCAGCGCGAUAUGCUUUACAAUCAGACAUUCAACCUGGAUCAAGUAGCCUUCGCUGCUGAGGGAAUAAAGGAUGCCCAACAAACAAUGACAGCCUUGAAGUCUGCAAACAAAGAGCUGAAAGGAAUGAUGAAGACAGUGAAAAUUCAAGACAUAGAUAAUUUACAAGAUGAGAUGAUGGACCUGAUGGAUGUGAGCAACGAGAUCCAAGAAUCUCUUGGUAGAAGCUAUAAUGUACCCGAUGACAUUGAUGAGGAUGAGCUAUUGGGCGAGCUUGAUGCUCUGGAAGCAGACAUGGGGUUUGAAACCGAGGGUGACGGAGUCCCUUCUUACCUACAGCCUGAUAAGGAAUCUGAUCUGGAAUCCGAACUUAACUUGCCAUCAGCUCCAACUGGGAAUGCUCCAAACCCGGCAGGCAGAACAAAUGUGCAGGCAGACGAUGAACUAGGUCUACCAGCCGUGCCACGAGCUUCACUGCGAGACUAGAAAAGUAUCUUCCCUGCUAGUCUGUGGACAGGAAAAGCGAGGUUGUAAAAAUUAUACACGGAUGGAUAUGAUUUAUCGUAGCCACAGCGCAUGAUUUGGAGAUAGAUAUAACAUGAACCAGAAGUUGAUUCUUUGCCUGAUUUGCAUUGCAUGUGUGCAAUUUAAACUCAUAACAGAAGAUAACAUGGUUGGUGGAGAUAGAUCAUGUGUAUAAGACUUGUAUUUACUUACUACUUACUACCUGCACUGCUGCAUUUCAUUCAAUUUCCUUUUCCUUUUCCUUUUC